AUGUCUUUGCCGACACCUUCAUUCAACUCCUCAACUUCUGGAUCUGAGAGCUCGUUCAGAAUUGCUGUAAUGGGUGCAUCAGCUGUAGGUAAGAGCGCCAUCGUAAGCCAGUUCGUCCUUGGAAAGUUCCCCCGGGGCUACGCGGCCACGAUCCAGGAACGUUACAUCAGAGACAUAGACGUGAACGGAUCCCACGUUGUGCUCGACAUCUUCGACACCCCCGGGGCCUACUGUUUCGCCAACGUAAGGAGACUGGCCAUAGCCAACGCCGAAGCCUUUGUUUUGGUGUAUUCUGUUGGAGACGAGUCAUCCUUUGAGAACAUGGCUAAAAUGAGAGAUUUGAUUGUCCAAGAGAAAUCCGACGGAGUUCCAAUCCUUGUUGUGGGAAACAAGUCUGAUCUGACGACAUCUGAUCGCUUCAUUUCCAAAGAUAAAGCUUACUGUAUGGUCACUAAUGGUUGGAAUCACCGAUAUAUGGAAGCCUCUGCCAAAGACAACGAAAACAUUUUAGAAAUAUUUCAGCUGAUUGUGAGCCAAACAAAAUCCUACUUUUCCGAAAAAAGUCGGCGAAUGACCUCACCAACUGCCGCACUGAAGAGAUUAAGCUGUAGACUGAGGAGGUCCAUGACGUUCAACUAA